GAUCACAAUCUAAACUAACAAGAGAAAGCCUUCUGACGCCAGAUGCCUGUGGAUGUUUAUUAUGUAAUAACUUUUUUUAAUAAAUCAGAGAUAAUUAAAAAAGUAUAAAAAGGUGAGAAAAAGUCCUUUACGAUUCAUACCGAGUCCCAGAUUCUUCUGACAGGUAGAAAAUCUCAACACAAGCCAACAUGAAGGUUUGCAUCCUUUUGGUUGUCGUCUGCAUCGCAAUGGUGACGGUGAAGUCCGUUCCAGAGAUGGUUGCUGCAAAGCGUUCAGAGAUAAGCCGUCGAGAGGCAUUACCAGCGGCCAAACCAGAUUUGCAUGACCAAAAGCGAAGGGGUGUUGAUGACGACGACUAUGGUCCUGAAGAUUAUCCUAUCUAUGAUGAUGACGAUGAUACUGACGAUGAUACUGGCGAUGAUCUUGAAGAGCAUUUCGAUGAUGAACUUGAAGAGGAUUUCGUUUAUGGUCUUGACGAGUAUUUCGAUUAUGGUCUUGACGAGGAUCUUCACAAGGAUCCUGACGAUGAUCCUGACGAUGUUCCUGAUGAUGAUCUUUACGAGGAUCCUGACGACCUGCUGUACGGCAAAAAGAGCUGAGAUGCUGUAAUCGGCUUCUGCCGCGUCAUGCUGACCUUUAACCUUUGUGCACAACAAUGGAGGAGCGAUUUGUGUGUAAACAUUCGGUCGUGGCUCCAUGCUUUUAAAUAUGCGUCAUAAACAAAGCCGA